AUGCGCACUUCUACCCUCCUGACUAUUGCUAGUCUCUCGACGGCAGCACUGGGCGAAGACUUUGACUAUGUCAAGGCCGUGUCUACCAUGCCAGAUUGUGGCUGGGGUUGUCUGAUUGAGGUAUCUGGUGUCAUUGGAUACACAAACCCUGCAAAGCCUUGCAAGGGAGAAGGACCCAAUGAUCUCUAUACCCAGUAUCUCAGCAAGGGCACCGGUGCUAUUGCCAAGUGCAGUGCUUCCGAUAAGCAAAGGCUGGUCGAUACAAUCACGGCAGUCUGUGUCGUCGGCAUGGCAGACGCCAUCGCCGGUGAAAGAGCAGAGAAGCAGGCCGAGGAAUAUGCGCAUUACGUACGACUCAAAGCCCGCCAGUUUGCUCCGGAGCUUACAGCAGGCGAUGGAUGGGAUGAGGGCGGCGAACACCGUGGUUACUGGGACGGAAAGCCGACCAAGUCCGGCUCCUCUAGUUCGGGUUCGGGUUCAUCCAGCUCUGGCUCUUCCAGUUCCAGUUUCAGUUCCACAGGUUCCGGUUCGGCGAGCCUAAGCACUGGAAAACAGAGCAGUGCCGUGGGUGUUUCAUCGAGCAUGGCGCUGCUGGCUGGUCUGUUUUUCAUGUCGCUGUAAAGACACGUAUCAAACUGGCAGAAUUAUAAACACAGCACUUUAAACCGUU